ACAGAGCUCAGCUUUGAGGCCAGCCUUCCUGAGCUUUGGGGGUGUGGCAUGCAUGACCCUCAAAGGGCAAUGGCCUGAUGGGGAGCUUAUAAAGUGACUUGGGAGAAGCCAGGCACCAAAACAGGCACCUCACUUGGAGGCUUCUGUGUGGAAACUAUCAUCUUAAUAAGAAAAGGCCUCUCCUGAAGCCACCCAGACCCAAGAUGGUGACCAUGCUGUUGCUCCUGGGCACACUGGCAGGCCUCUUCACUGCAGCCGAGGGACAAAGUUUCCAUCUUGGGAAAUGCCCAACUCCUUCAGUGCAAGAGAAUUUUGACGUGCUAAAGUAUCUUGGAAGGUGGUAUGAAAUCGAGAAGAUCCCAUCGAGCUUUGAGAGAGGGGACUGCAAUCAAGCCAACUACUUGCUGAUGGAGAAUGGCAACAUCAAAAUGGUAAACCAGGAGAGGAGACCCGACGGAACCAUGAACCAAGUCGAAGGGGAAGCCAAACACACCAACCUCUCCGAGCCAGCCAAGCUCCUAGUCAAGUUUUUUGAGUUGACGCCAGCCACACCGUACUGGAUCCUGAUCACUGAUUAUGUGAACUACGCUCUUGUGUACUCCUGUACCACCAUCAUCUGGCUCUUCCACGUGGAUUAUAUUUGGAUCCUGGGAAGAAACCCUUAUCUUCCUCCAGAAACAGUAACCUACCUGAAAGAUAUCCUUAUUUCUAACGGUAUCGACACCCAAAAAAUGAUAAGCACUGAUCAAACGAACUGCCCUGAAUUCCCGUAAAGGGAGGGACAGGCACUCUGGGUUACUUCUAUGCUUUGCGUCCCCUGGCUCCACCCCAGCUCCUCAUGAAGACAAACCAAGCAACUGUGACAAGUACCAGAGGGAAAGUUUGGCUAUAGAAGCCAGUGGAGGGGCCUCAGGGGAAGUUGAUCCAAACCCAGCCAGAUCUCAAACUGUCACCCCGCCACCGCUAGCCCAGUAAUAAACAUUUUGCUGAUCA